AUGGCGGACCGCCGGCCGAGAUUGAAGUCAUUGCCUGCCUUGAGACUGGCGAGUACCCACGAAAAAGCGGCUCGACUUCAGCUCACGCGCGAAUCAUAUGCGAGUGUUUAUCCCAAAGAGAUCCAGGCACCCUACCCCCCUGGAGACACUCUCAUGACAGACGUCUUCGAAGGCGACAAUGCCUCAGAGAGUGAAGAGCGAGAUGAGGAGGUCGAAGAUGCUGUUGCACGAUUAGAUAUUGAUGCUGCUGAUCGUGGCAUCCUCCAUCUUGACCAGACGCUUCUGCCUCCGGGCUUUGAUGAGGCUGAGUUUCGAAAUGCGGCUGAGUACAACGAUCUUGGGUUUGAUGAGGACGACACGUUCAGUAUAGAUUCAGAGGAUGAGAUUAUACACCCAGACACGGCACAUGAGGGAAUGCCAACCCCCCAACGACCCUCAGCCUGGGCAUUGGAGGAUCAGUCAGUGCUUGUUCGCCACACGCCCAGACCUGAUAUUGUCCUAUCAGACUUCGAGCUCGCCCUGGGCCUAAUGGCACACAUUUCUGGCGUCAGCAAUCGGGAUUGGAGUAUGAUGCGAGAAAUCCUGCAAAUACCUUCUGUGACUGAAAGGGAACGGGCUGCUCUAAACAGACUGCCACUUGCACUUGCGACGCUCAAAAACCAAGUGACAAAGGCAAUGCCAUUAUUAGACAUGCGAUCAGUGGAUGUUUCACUUAAAGUCGAUAAGAUGCCAACAAUGGCUCCUUCAGACAAGGGCAAUGUUGCUCUCGAUGUACAGACUGCGAAGAUGCACUUCUUUGAUCCAGUUGAUCUGUUUAAAAAAAUACUUGAAUCGCAGCUCCCACAACAGCUGCACCUUGACAUGGCUCACUUCGUCGAUGAACCAAGCGAGUUUUAUCAUUCUCGUGCCUGGGCCAGCUCUAUCCGUACAAGUUCAGGCCACUACGCCCAUUUUAUUGCAGCUGAUGGCGAAGUCGGCGAUGCAAUCUUUCCAUCUGAUUGGAUUUAUUUUUCCUGCGACAGCCCGGAUUGCCAGUGCACGUCUCUCGACACUCCCGACAUCGACCAGCCUGAUCCAACAGUGGAGGAAAUCAAGGCAGUGGCUCACAUUGGUCGGGUCGUUGGAUUCGGCAAAUGCUAUCAGACGGACAGACAUCCCCUAGUCAAACUUGGCGAGGUGACGUUACUUAUUCAAGAGGCCUGGCGUCCAAAUAACCCUCGACUUUCUGAGCUUGUUGAUGAAGUUAGCCCUGAGCCUGAUGAGCUGGUCCUGAAUCUAGGAGGAUUUUACUGCUUGAGCCAAACCGCAGCCAUCGACUUUUGCCGCGUUACAAUUGACCGCGAGCCUGAGGAUGACGGUCUUGAAGAUCCCUCCUUCUUCAAAAAGAGCCGUGGCUCCGAUCCCCACCCCAAACACUCACCUAACGGCCAUAGAGCCAGACAUCCAGAUGACGAAUGGAUUGUGCGCCGCGUCAGUACUCAACUAGGCACCGUCGAUUGGUACUGCAACCAGCCUACCAUUCGCGCUGAAUUAGAACUGCAGGUGUAUGGUCGAUCCUGGUUUGAAACUCGCUGGGAUCGCCUUGCACCGAACAACCAAGGUCCCUUCCCCAUUGCACUGCCUUGUACAACAUUUAUUGAUGGGUUCGGCUUAUUUCGCAACUCAUACCGCACUCUUGUCGGAAUGUACAUGACCCUCGCAGGCCUAUGUGCAGCUGAGCGCCGCCGUCGAGCAAAUACAUUGCCUAUCCUUCUCAGUCCACACGGCUCAGUAUUUGAAGAAGCCAUCGACGCGCUUCGAUGCUUUAUUCCUCUUGACAAAGGCGUUGAGCUUGAUAUCCACGGCGCGCCCACCAUUGUCUGCGUCUUUACCCUCUGCUUUAUCGGCGACAUGCUCCAACAGAACCAGAACGCAGGAUGCCUCGGGCCAACAGCCGGGAAAUUUUGCCGCUUUUGUUUUAUUGGCAAGAAAACUAUUGUUGAUGCAUUUAAUGAGAUGGACCCUUGCGCUAUACUUGACUUUGACUGUGAUAAGCACGGCCGCUACAGCCAUCAAAUCUCUAAGAUGCGGCAUUAUGCCAGCUCAUUGCCAUCACAAAGAAAAAGGGAAUAUUUUUCCCAAUGGGGCCUAACCACAAAGCCAUCGAACCUUGAGAAGAUUGCACCGGCCUUGGAUCCAAUCUGGACGCGUGUACCAGAUGCUGCACAUUCAGAGUAUAAUGGUAUGAGUAACCUCUUUCAUGCUCUGCUAAUUAAGGCCAUCCUUCGUCCAGAGGCUGUGAAAGAGUAUAGCAGAAUGCUGCGGGCUUGGAAAUUCCCUUCAGGUUGGAAUCGAUUACAAUCUCCAGUGCAUUAUCUCAGCAGCUACAGUCUUUCUGAUCACGCCCGUUGGUCAGUUAUCAUUCCAGGACUGUUAAAUGCCUGGCUAACCAAGAACGCGAUUAAUCCGUCCUUUUGGAACGCAGCUGUUGAACGCCCCGAGCUCGAUGGCCUUGAGCUAAUUGACUGGAUUGUUCGUGCCUUUGCAAGACUUGCAAGAAGUAAUGAUUAUCUCAUGGGCAACAAUGCUCGAUUUCGGGACAGCUACGCCGAGAAUGCGUUGAUGAUUGUCCUUAGUGCUCGAGCUGAUUAUCAGCGGAUGUGUGUCUGGGCCUCUUGGGAACUUGCAUGGAACCACGAGCGACGCAACUCACAGGAUUCACAGGCAAGUUCGGCAGCAUCCACAGUCUCGAACGCGUCUCACUUAACCCGCGUUCUUCAAAGAAGGGUCCGUGAACAAGAAGAGCGAGGCGGAGAGACUAGCGAGUUCGAAAUCUUACUUCGCGAUGCAUUGAUCCGUGAGGCGCCAGCAGCGCCGGCUCCAGCGGCCCCAGCGCGCCACAGGCGUGGACGACAUGUCUCGAGAGACAACGACGAGAAAUCGACGUGGUUGGCUGAUGCUCUACGGCCCAACGUCCACGUUGGUAACCACCUUGUAUAUUUCUUUGAAGAAUAUGCAGGACUGUCGAACAUCGACACUCUCGUGGGUGAAGCAGAGCACAAGUGGUUCAAGAACGUCGUCUAUAAGACCAACCUUAAGGAUACAGAACGAGUCCUCUUAGGCAAAGUCAAUCUCCAGCUAGUUUGUCGGCUCUUUAUACUCGGCGCAUAUAAUACAACAUAUCCCCAACUCUCGGCCCAGAUACGCCGUCUCUGGAGGGCUUGUCCGACUCUAUUUGAGCGCAUCAUGUCUCGAUCUGACGAACGAGUGGCUCUUGAUGAGUCUGACUUUGGUCAUCAGGAAGUUGUUGGCGACACAAACAGCUAUUCUGGAAUUACGGCCACUGGUAGAAUCCAUCAAGUAAACUCCCUCGGCGAUCAUGCUGCCAAUAAUAACAUGAGACUCCCUUCUAUUUAUAACGAAAUAACGGAUAGCUUUAGAGCAUUGCUACUGGGUGCAUAUGCUGGCGACUAUGAUAUCCACGAUGUCAGCCUUAGCCAGGCUCGUUCGUUAUUUUGGUAUAAGAAAUUUGGGUUUACUAAUAAGCAGCAUCGUCGAUAUGUGUUUAAGCUUGGCGACUAUAUUGAGUUCGAAGGUCAUCGCCACGUUGGGAGGGUUGACGGUAUCUUCACCCACGAGCAGGACGGCCUUCGUCGUAUAUUUAUUGUAGUUAUGGGUGCUACGCCGUCUAAUCGGUUGCAUGAACUCCUGUCCCUGCCAUAUAUCGACCACGACCAGCCAUACAUCAUUGGCGUCCCAUCUGUUGAUGCUACGAGUGGACAGUACAUUAUCGACGAUCGCGCAGAGCCCGGCAACACCUCUCGUCAGAUCUGGGUCUCAUGGAACCCCAAGUUCCUCUGA